AGUUUUUUGUUUUGUUCUGCUUCUUGCGUGCCUGAUCGUUUUUCGUUACACAAUUAUUCGCGAACGGUUUUUAUCCGGGUUGUCCAGCAGAAUUACUUCACCGAAACCAUGUCCAAGUACAAGCAACUCAUAAAUCUCCCCACUACGUACGCCCGACGGAUGAAUCACUUAUCGAAUCGGAUUUUCGGAGAAGUUACGCGACCGACAAACUCACAAUCGUUGAAGGUGGUGAAAAUGUUCAGCGAAGAGCCGAUCCAGUGCCGGGAUUACGUCGUCAAUUGGUACCCCAGGCACGUGGAAACACAUCUGCUGGCCAUGAAGCUACGCGAGUACGGUCUGUUCCGGGACGAACAUCAGGACUUCAAGGAGGAAAUGAAACGAUUGCGGGCGCUUCGAGGAAAGGCUCCCCCCAAGAAGGGCGAGGGUAAGCGGUCCAAGAAAUAAGUUUAGAGGGUAAAUAAAACGCUGGUUGGUUUUUAAAACA